CACCACGGCACCACCGGUGCAAAGGCGAGAGCUUUAUUUUUUUUUCUCUUCGGCGGGAGAAAUUGGCGACGAUGGAAGAGUCAGAUAAAGGGACAGUCUUGAAGAAAGCUUACGCGGAGAUGGAAUCAGCGGUUAGGGUAAUGGUUUCAGAAAACAAAACAGCUCGGUUCCACCACGAUCUUUGCGGGACUAAAGACGAAGCUCUUCGUUUAUUUGUCCGAUUGAAACAGAUGAUUGAUGCUCAGGUUAAGUAUAUAUAUAUAGUCUUCUGAGAAAUUAUUAGGGGUUUUAGAUAAAGGUGUUAGCUUUAGCUUCGUUGUUACAUCUCUUGUGUUAGUUUUUGCUUUUAUAAAUUUUUGGUUGUUGGGUUUGUUACUUACUGAUUUGAGUUUUAUGGAUAGACAAUUGAAGCAGAGAUAACAUCAUCAAACAAGCAACCACAGAUUGAUUUGCUUGAAGCUCAGUUACAAGAGGCUGAAGAUAUUAUCACUGAUUUGAGGUCUGAGAUGGGUCAGAGACAAAUUGGAGAAAGCGAGGCAGGCAAAUAAUGUUGUUGUUAACAAGGAACGAGAAACCAUUCCUGUUCAGAAGAUUGCUGCUGAUGUAGAGGUUGUUGUUGGAAGUGUUCAUCCUAAUCAAGACAGGAGUGAGUGUGACUCUUUUCCGAAUCAGAAGAGCUCAUUGCUUGAUGAUGAAUGUGGUGGUAAGGGAACCAUUUCUGCUGCAGAGGUUAUUGCAAGUUUGCAUCCUGAUCAAGAGGAUGCAGAUACGAGUGGCUCUAUUUUGAAUCAGAGCUCAUUGCUUGAUGAUGAAUGUGGUGGUAAGGAAACCAUUUCUGUUGCAGAGGUUAUUGCAAGUUUGCAUCCUGAUCAAGAAGUUGCAGAUAUGAGUGGCUCUCUUUUGAAUCAGAGCUCAUUGUUUGAUGAUGAAUGUGGUGGAAAUGACGAAAAGCAGUUUCACGGGUUGAGUGUUGAAACUUCAAAGGCUUGUUGUGAGUCUGAAGCCAAUAUUAGGAGCAAAAAGCUUGAGCUGUCUCGAAAUGGGUGUACACAGAGGAUCCAUGCUUUGGAGAGGAAAUCAUCUCAUUCUGCAAACGGAGAGGAACGACGCACAACUGACAAGGAUAGUGAAGAAAACUUGAGCUCAGUAAACACUAGAUCUCUUGUUCUCGCUAUUGGAGCUACGAAUGCAGAGGUGGUGCCCAUAAAGCCGUCUAAUUCACUAGGAAUCAAGAAGACUCGCAAAUCAAAAGGAAGGAGAAAGAGGAGGUGGAGCAAACGAAAAGCUACACAAGUUAGGUCUCAAAGUCAGCUUAUAAAACCUUGUCAAUCUCACUCUGAUAUUCCCUGUUCCAAGAAUGGCGAAGAUUCCAUGGAUACUCAUCUGUCGGUAGAGAAUGAAGAGGUUGAUGUCGGUAAAGGGUUGGACGAGACUAAGAUAAAGCCGCUUCGUCGUUUGGAUCAUGGGUUAACUUCAGUUAAAUGCAAUGUAUAUCCAACUUCAGGAUCCACAAAUGCUACUGUCUUCAGUGUGAAUGCAACAAAUCGAUCAACAGUUGAAGACUUGAAAUCAAGAAUGGGCCCUGAGUUGGUUGAUCCAUGUUCUGAGUUGAAAGCUAAUGCAGUGGUGUCAUAUCAAAUCAGUGAGUCUCUGAGAGCUGACGAAAAUCGCCUUGUGAAGUAUACAUACCAAAGGAAACGGAAAAAGGGAUCUUUAAACUUAAACGAUGUCAAUAACCACACUCCACGGAAGAGAAAGGUGGAAGAGAAAGAAAACAAUGCAUAAGAUCUAAUUGAAUCCAGUUCUGAGUAAUGAAUCAUCUACGAGUAACCCCACAGUUAGGUAACUAUCUAUUCAUGUUUCACAGUUGCUAGUUGCUACUAGAGACAAAAUAUCUGAUAUGACAGUGCUUACAACUAUUAGUACUCACAGCAUUUGUUCAGUUAAUGCUGCUCUUUUGGUCAUGUGCAGUUUAUUUCCUUGUCUGAAAACUGAUGGUACAGUGGCAAAGCUUUGUUCAAGGGAACUAGCUUGUAUAUCAAACUAAAGUCUUAAAGCUUAGAAUUAUGUAUUUAUCUAUCUUGACACCUUAUUGUGAACAACCCUAUUGUUUUUUCUUGGUGUCA